AUGAGCUGGCUUCGCAACACGUCACUGUCGCUUGCGCGACAGCUGUCCAGAUCACUUGACCCCCGACACGAUUAUGAACCCCAAGCUUGCUAUAAUUCCUUCUGCAAACAUUGGCAACAAGCACGUGAGAUAAUACUUAAAUCUCAGCCUCAACAUCUACACGAUGACGUCUUGGGGGUAGUGAACCAUUUGGAGCAGCUGACAAGCCUGCUGGUUCUGGAGGCGAAAGCGCGUCAGUUCAGUUCGAACUCUCAUCCAGCCGCUUGCCUUGAAUAUCUACUUAGCGAAAAUCUACUCGACAAACUCUACGAAUGGGCCAUCUGUACCGGCAAAUAUGAAAAUGCAGUGCGUCUGGAACAACUGAAACUGUUUGGAAAUCUUAUCAGUCACUAUGGUCCUCAGGUGAUAGCAGCGGAGCCCUUCCUCCGACCGUUGCUCAAACUUCUCAGUGGUUUUAGAAACGAUUUACUUCCCAAAAACUUAGAAAGUCAGUUGGUCGCUGUGCUCAAUCAACUGUGCGUAGUCCUAAUGCAAAAUAUGAAAUUCAUUGACCUCUUCUUUCUUAUGACGCACACGCAAAACGGAUCGCAGGCUGAGUUCAUAAUCGGGCGGCUUCUCCUGACGUCGGUUCAUCGUGAAGGUGCCACGGGUUCGGCGGCUCGCGACGCGCUGCUGCUGUGCGCCAAGAUGUCCGCCCGCUGCGAACCGCUCGCGAAAUGCAUGUUAGCCGGCAACACUUGUCCCGUGCUCGCUACAGGUCUAAGCGGGCUAUACUCCUUGCUUCCGCGAACACUUGACAACAAAAUCGACCGUCUCACCCCCGACGACCUCAAGCAGAUGCACAAACUAACACUCUUCAUUGAUUCCCUUGAGUUUUGCAACGCCGUGGCAGAGGUAGCCCAUCCGUCUAUCAAAAAAGAACUCCUCGAUCUCCUCCACCAGGGAUUCCUGGUGCCCGUAUUGGGACCGGCAUUAUUACAGACUCGAGCGGGGUUGCAGAGUGGCGGGCGCGAGCGGCUGGCGGGCGGCGCGUACGCCGAGCUGGCGCUGCGCAGCGCGACGCCGCGCGGCCUGCUGCGCGCCGCGCUGCACUUCCUCUUCACGCACGAGUACGACGCCGUGCGCCUCGUCGACGCGCUGCUCGCCAGGCUCGACGCUACCUCGCAGCUGUCUCUCGUCACUUUAUCACUCGUGGAGACACUCAUCGACCUAAACUGUGAGGACGUGAUGUUGGAACUAGUUUAUAAGUAUCUUCUUAAUGGUCACCACCUGGUAACGACAUAUAAGCACAGAGUGGCAGAUCCGGAACUGUACCGGGUUGCGGCAGUCGCCUUUUUAAGGCUAACUCCAAAAUGCUGUACAAGACCCCUGGAGAAAACCAGAGCAUGGGUAAACGAGAUGGCGUUAAGUGGCAGGAGAGUGCUGGACUUUAGACGAGACGACGAGAGCGGGCGGAUCAAUGGAAUGCACGGAGAUAUAGCCAUGAACAAACUAGUCCAUGAAGUUAAUUUUGAUUAUGGGAACCCAAGUGAAACUCUGUUUGGCAACUACCACGCGUAUCUUUGCAACGCGCGCUUCGAAAUUGUAUCACGUUCGAUCGCCUGUACCAACUGGAGCGCAAAAUACGACACUGUUCUACCUCAAAAGCGUGAGACCAACAACAAUUCAACGAAAGAUCUGAAGGACAUUGACAACCAAGCCUCUGGAAAAGAGCAGGACAGUCUUAUUUCUGUUUGCACAAGUGGCUACGACACUUUGAAAACCAGUGGCACACCAGACAAAGAGCCACAUAGCUUAACGUCUCUGCUAGAAGAGACAGAAAGUACUAAGAAUGUUAACGAGCAACAAAAUGUUAACGAUCAACAAAAUGUUAGCGAUCAACAAAAUUGUAACGAUCAACAAAAUUCUGAAGGAAAGGACCAUGACAGUCUGAAUUCAGUGGAAGAAAGUAGCGGGUACGAUAGUUUUAAGUUUAGAAUGGAAGAAAAUGAAGAGGGAGAGUCUUACGCCGAAGAAUCGUUCAGAAAAAGUUUUACAAAAGAGAAAAGUGGUAGUGAGGGACUUUACGAGGGAGAAACAGUGUCUAUACGAUGUUGGCGGGCCAGUGCUGAAAGUAUUAUUGGGCCUAUGUUAUGUAGUCUCCUGAGAAAAGCGGCGGCUUUGUUAGAGUCGGAAGUAGUUGUGAAUUGCCGCGUGACCGGCAUACUGUCCAAACUAGUGUCGCUGCCGACUCCUUUACUCGCUUCGCUGCUCGUGUGCCCCGGGUUCAUGUUACAGCCUAAUGUGCCUUCGUUGUAUCAGAUCCUUCAUAAACUGAAAGAAGAAGUUGACGAGUUGACGUCCGGACUGGAGAACACGAAUGAGCUGGUGGAUAAGGCAAGAGUUUUCCUCGUGCAGCGAGAGAUGUCGCUAGUUAAGUCGCGGGCGCAGACAAACGACGAUGGUCAAGCGCGAAAUCUUGACAAUGGAAUUUCACGACAAGACGACUCUCCUUUCCGACGUGUGGAGCCGAAGCGACGCAGUUUGUCCUCGAGUUUCUCCAAUAUGUUCGGAAGACGACAUUCUUCUUCACCCACGCAGAGCCCCCAAAACGUACAAAAAUCUCAACAUAACACGUCCAUACAAAAACAGCUUGUCUUCACACAGGAAGAAUAUUGGAAUCAAUCAAUUACUCUGCGAUCAAUUCUAAACGCCAUAAUAUUGGACGAAUGGAUCAAAGAGUUGGCUGCCUUGUGCGAGGAACACGCUCUAAGGCUCUCAUCGGAGUAUUACGAAGACAACUCGUAUAUACGGACAGUGGCGUUAUGA